AUGGGAGGAAUAUGUUAGAAGUAAAUAAGCAUUGAAGAAUAUUAAAACAAUAAAUCGAAACAACCUAAAAUCUAUAUAAAAGGACCACCUAAAAUUCAAAAGCUUAUUCCAAUAAAAAACUUAUACUUUCAAGGUGAUGAAAUUACUAUAGAGAAAGAAUAAUAUAUCUCAUUAUCAAAACUUAUAUCUAAAGAAAAGGAAUAAGCUAUUACAGAAUAAAAAUUAGCUGUAAAGGAUGUUAAAAUUUCUUUAGAAGAAGAGAUUCUCUAUCGUUAAGAGAGUGAUUAAUAAGAGCAGUAAAACAACUCAAAGUAAGAAGUAAAUAGUCAAAAAAAUUAAGUAAAGGGUUCAUAAAAUGAUAUAACUAAACAUAAAUCGAUUCUGAAAAAUAAAAUUAACAAUGGAUCCAACCCUUAAAGUCCAAAAAAUUAAUUAAAAGAUUCUUAAACUUUUGGCUCAUAAAGAUCUAUAAAAAAGGUAACUUUCGAUAAAAAGCAGAAAGUAGCUUACAGUAGUUUUAGAAAGAUAAAACUUGAUUAAUGA